AUGUCGGAUGAACUCCGAAAUAAUAUGAGUCCUAUCAUGGAUGCUACACCUGAAAUUCAAGAAAUAAGUGAAUAUCCGGAAAUAAAAUAUGCAGCUAUUGAUGCUUUAUAUAGAAAACAUCAUGAACAUAAAGUUCAUCGUUUUACAGAAGCACAUCGGGAAAAACAUAUAGUUAAUUGGAAAGUAACAAAUUAUGCUGAAGAAGAAGUUGCUUAUGGUACUAAUUAUUUUUUGAAAAUAUCUAUUGAUAAUAAUUUAUUUAUUCAUAUUCGAAUUCAUCGACAUAAAAAUCAAAAUAAAUACUAUUUUUAUGCCUUACGUGAAGUAUUUAGACAUAAUUAUGCGUCUUGUAUUUUUACAGAAGGUAUCAAAAAAUAUAUUUCUUUAUGA